UGUGGGCGGAGUUGCGUGCCGUGCGCAGAGAGGAAGGGGAUCCGGCAGCGACAGCCAGAGAGGGAGAGUCCGAGGGCUGCUGCGGAGACAGAGCGGGGAGGGGGUGAAAAGACGACGCGACCAAAAGCCCCCCCCGCCCUUGGGGGAAGGGUCGCAGCACCCGCCUGGCCGCUCGCUCGACAGCUUCCCUCAGGCCGGACCGCUCCAGCCACCCCUCCCCCCAUCCUUACUCACCUCACGGCUUCGGCCAAUCAGCUGAGGGGGGGGCCGCGAGGUAGCGGAGGGUGCCAGCCCUGCGGCCAAUCAGCGUUGGGGGCGCGCGGGACCCCUUGCCGCGAGCCUCAGCGAGGGUGGGGGGACGCGCCUUGCAGCACCCUCAACGGCCGGCGCUCUUAAAGGUACAGCUUUGGAGGGGGGCGACGAGAAGAGGGGCCCUUUCAGCCGGAGGACAACAACCCCCCCUCCAGCUCCUGUCAAUGGAUUUAAAGGGAGUUCGGCCUUCUUAAAGGGGAGUUUUCCUCGGCCCUCAUUGUGGCUGGGAGGGAGGGGUGGCUCUUAAAGGUGAAAUUUGGAUUUCUCUGGACGUGGAACGCUCGAGCCUUAAAGGGGAGUUGGAGCUGGAGAGAAAAUACGUGGAGGGUUUUUAAUUCCGAUUGUUAGAAGACGAGGCCUGACCAGGAAACCGGGGGAAGAAAUCUAGACGCUUUAAAGGGGAGGCUGCGCCUGGCAGGGAAUGCGUGGUGGACAUUAAAUCGUGAUUUUCCAAGGGGGGGUAUAGGAUUGAGAGGAAACGAGGUUCUCCGAUCUGGGGCCUUAAAGGCAAAGUCACAGCAUGUACGGAAGGAUCCAGGAGACCUUUUAACAUUAAAGGCUUGCAAAGAGGAAGUGACCCAGGUAAAGAAGGCCAAGCAGGAAUUUUGGAGGAAGGGAGGCCGCUGCAGAACUGCUGAUGGAAACCCGCGUCAUCAAAGGGGAGGAAGUGGCUGCCCUCUGAGCGGAAACCAUUUGCCAUUGUUGGCAGAAGUUGCAUCUGCAGUCUUAAAGGGGAGGUUGUUUGAGUUCUUACUGCUUGGGUACAUACCAGGCCUGAUUCUUAAAAGAGCAAGACCGGGGACAAUUCUUUUUUCAAAAAUAUAGGCACUUAAAAGUGGAAGUCUGUUUUGUGCUGUUAGACACAUACCAAGUUCUGGAGUUUGUUUAAUGGGCUUUUAGAAGCAGACUCUUAAAGGCACCUAUCCUUUAUCUCUAGUUGCUGGAGGGAUGUAAAAGUCCUUAUUAAAAGAGCGUGUGCUGGUGUUUGGGAUAUUUUUAUUCAAGGCAGAAAGGUGAUGUUCAGUAAUAAAGGAGAUUGGCAGUGGCAGAGGCUUUUAUAUUAGAACAGUCUCAAACUCAUUUCUAGUUUUUAUUAUGUUGAAAGUAUUUAAUUCUUUAAUUUAAGGAUCUUCUCUCUAAGGGGAGGACAAAAAAAGGAAGCUGCCAUUCCUGUCACAGGGAAUUAAAAGGAGGUGCACUGACUUGUGAAGUAAAGAUCCUUCUGUUUUGAGUAGGUUCUGUAAAUGUAAAUUGAAGAAAGGUUCAGAAGAGGAAGGAAGGAAUUUCUGGUGGAGGAUUUAACAUUCUUUCUGGAAAAGGGUCGUAUUGCCUUUUUAAUUGGUGCUCUGCUGAGUGGCAUCCAAAGAGAACAGCCCUAUUGAGAGCAGCUGCAAUGAAACUGGCUGGUGAGGGGUGAAGGGUGCCCUGCCUUUGGCUGCAUCUGCCACACCCGUAGGACACAGCGCGAAACAUUCUCUGUACCUCAAGAGGGACAUCAUGGAAGGAACAGCAGCAGCUCCUGCCCCGUGUUGGAGUGGGGGAGGAGGCAGCAGUGGCAGAGCCCGGAGGCAACGGCGUUGCUCACGGCGGGACCGUGAGAGUCGCUGCACUCACCGCAGAGGAAGCCGUCCUGGGGAUGUUUCUCAUCGGGGACUUUCGUCGUCAUCGUCUUCAGGAUCGGAUACUGAAGGGCCCUCUCCUCCUGCCCCUGUGGCGCCUGGCAAAGCUCGCCCCCUGCAGCAGCAGCGCCGUCGCCGGCGGCCCCUGCGGCGGCGGAAGAGAGCCUCUGGAUCUUCCUGUAGUCGUGAGGAGGAGGAGGAGGAAGAGGAAGAAGAGGAUCUUAUUGAUGGCUUUGCCAUUGCCAGCUUUGUCAGCCUGGAGGCACUUGAGAAGGAUGCAACCUUGAAGACCCCAGAGCGGUUGGAGCUUCGGAUGAAGCAGUCCGGAAAAAGAAAGCGGGGCGAGGGGAACAACUCUGAGCCUGAAGAUGAUGAAGGGAAUUCAGAAAAGGGUCGCAGGGGCUGCGGUGGGGAAAGAGCACUGAGAAAACGUAACAAGAGGCGGCGCAAAGAGCCUUCUUUCCAAUCCUUCCUGGAAACUGGAUAUAUAUGUGAUACAGAAAGUGACCCAGAGGAGCAGGCCUCCAUUGAUGACCUCGAACAGUCAUUCACUGUCUCAACCAGCAAAGCCUCGGGACCCAUUGGUGCAUUAAACGGGAGCUGUGAAGCCAAACUCUCUGUGAUCCCUAAAGUCUCUGGCCUGGAGCGGAGCCAGGAGCGUAACUACGAGGCCGACCGGGACCCCUUGAUAGUGCCUUUCCUGCCCAAGGAGCCCCCUUCUCAGGCAGCUGUGGCCUCUGUUCCAACUCAGGCCUUGCCCCCCAGUCCACCUGCCCCACCUUCCACAAGGACUCGGACUCAGACGCCUAAUACUGUUCAUGGGACUCCCCAGCCCAAAGGCCAACCGCCUCCAAUGCCUCAGGGGGGAUCAGCCCCCCACAACCUCACACAGAACCAGCUGCACAUGAAGGUUCCAACCUUUGCCAGCCAGACGCAGGCACAGUAUUCUGUAGGGCUGGACCUCAGCACCGGAGGGUGCAGCCGUGGUGCAGCUCACCCCAAGCCCAUACUCCCCCCAUGCUCCCCUUCUUCCUCUCAACUCCCUCACCGACCCUCUACCCCCUCACUGGCCCUGCCUCCCCACGCCUUUCCGCCCUCCCUUCGCCCCCCUUCCCAUCACCACCCGGGUAUGUUCACCCCCUCGCCCGGCCUCCCACCACCACCCCCGCUGCUUCAAGUUGCUGGGCACCCAGCUGCAGCCGCUGCCAUCUCUGAACAAGAACUAAUCCGACAAGACUUGAGCUCACGAUUCUUGGCUGGGCAAGGCGGGCCUGAGAUGGCAGCCGCUGCCAUCCGCCCACUGGCCUUCCAGUUCCACCAACACAACCACCAGCACCAGCACACCCACCAACACACCCACCAGCACUUCACCCCUUUCCCCCCAGGCAUGGUGCCUGCGCCCAGCCCAGCCAUGUUUGAGAAAUACCCUGGCAAGAUGGAUGGGCUCCUGAGGCAUAAUUUUUAUGCCGCAUUUCCCCCAACCGUGUCGGGGAUCCCCCCGGUCCUGCCUCCCGCUGUGACUUUUGGCUCCUUGCAGGGGGCAUUCCAACCUAAGAGCACUAAUCCUGACCUGCCAUCCCGGCUGGGCGCCGUCCCCCCCAACUUGUCUCAGAAAGGGACCCAGCUCACAGAUCCUUUCAGGCCUACGCUGAGAAAGCCCGGGAAGUGGUGCGCCAUGCAUGUCCGUGUGGCAUAUAUGAUCCUGAGGCACCAGGAGAAGAUGAAGGUAGGGUGGGCCUGUGCUGCCUCCUCCCUCCGCCUGCAUACCAUGAUGGGGAGUGGCCCAGCUCCUGCUGGUGGCCGCCAGAGGGUCACUGCAAGCAAUGGGAGAGGCCUCUCCUCUUCUGCUCUUCUGAUGUCCAUGCCGGCCUCUGGAUGCAAGUCAGGGUUUGGUGACACCCCAAAAUUGGAUUUCCGGAACGACCUCCUAACCUGCCUGCCUGGCACUGGAGCCUUUGGCAGCCUUCCCCACAACCAGGAGCUGGCCCGUCCUGCCACCCUCUUCACAGCCUCUGGUGCUGUCCACCCAGGGAGUGGCUCAUCUUUUGGCCCUGCCAGCACUCCUCAUGGUUCUUUCCUCAGCCCCAGCCCCCACAUUGAUCCCUUUGGCAGACCUACAAGUUUUGCCUCCCUGGGAGCACUCUCCAAUGGAGCUUUUGGGGGCUUGGCCAAUCCGUCUUUCAACCCAGCCUCUGUCUUUGGGCAAAAGGAUAGCCCUGGAGCUCCAGCCUACCCCAGCCCCCAUGAAACAUGGAACCGCCUACACCGCACGCCACCUUCCUUCCCCACUGCCCCACCCUGGCCCAAAGGUGGCACUGGAGAUGGGGCUGAACGCGGGGGUACCCAGCAUGACAAAGAGAGCGAGAAGCCAGAAGGGCCAGUGAUCAAGGACGAAAAGGACAGAGACGCCCUCUUCUCCCGCCAUCCACUGCGUGCCUCUCCAGCCACGCCCACCCCAAAGAACCCAGCCCUGGCCCACGAAGAGCCUCCAGGCCGCCCUCAUGCAGCAGCAGAGCGUGAGCACCGCUAUGGAAGCCCAGCAAGCUCAAGCCAUGCCUCCCGCUCACCGUACCCAGAGCCACCUUUGAAGAAAGAAGUGAAGGUGAAGGAAGAGCCGGAACUGACUGGAUUUGAGGGAGCGCUGCGCGCAGGUGCUCCUUUCCACAGCACCCUCCAUGUCUCCCACCCUCUGGGGACCCUGGCUGUGUUUGAGCGCCCCCAGGCUGGGACUGGAGGAAGUGUCUCCCCAUACUUGGUAGCCGGCCCACCUUCAGCUGCCUCCUAUGCCGCGCUUGAAGCCUGGCGUGAACCCUACCAUCGGGGUCUGGAGUUGCACCCGCUACAACGCCUGCCUCGCUUUCUGGAGACCCCAUCACCCGCUGCCACUGCUGCUGAAGACUAUGAACGGGCUCGGAUCUAUGGCCUGCCACCCCCAACCCACCCCAGCCUCAUGGCUUACCCCCGACACCAGAACGGGCUGCUGGCAAAGGCCACCCCAACGGCUGCCGCUGUGGGACUACUGAGUGCUCCCCCGCCUCUCAUCCCAGCUUCAAAUGCCCGACCCUGUUCUCCUAGGCGUGCCCCUGACAUCCGGGAACUGGCAGCCGCCUACAAGGACCGGGACUCCAGAUAAUGGUGCUACGACGGGGCCCUGGAACAUGAGUACCUGCGCCAAGCAGCUUCCCUUGUCUCCAGCUGGGCCCUGGCCAGAUAUGUAGAACCCCUUCCGCAUUAGUGGGGAUAGACAUCUGGCCUCCUGCCGCCUUAGCCUGAGAGGAAGGCUACCACCACCACCCCAGAAGGACUUAGCUCCCUUCAGCUCUGAGCAUUGGGAACUCUUCCUGCCCCAGACAAAAGACUUGAAAAGUAGUCUUGUGGAAGUGUUAGGGGUGGUGGAGGAGCGGGCAAGAAUCCAGACUUGGGAUGCCCUUAAUCUUUGUUUCUGGCUUUCUUUUAAAGCUCCCUUUGCCCAACUGUGGGAAUUCUUAUUAAAAGAUUUGGUGACUGCUUCCAGCAUUCCUGCUGGGCUGAAAAGAACUUUGGGGUGUGUUCUCCCUCCCUCCAUGGACUGAGGGGAAGGCUGCUUUCAGGGGAAGGGGGACUAUCUUGGGGCACCUCCCCCCACCAGGCAGUGUAAAUAUUUAUAUAUUCUGCCCCAGGCAGGUGGGGAAAAGGUUUUUGUACAUUUAUAAAAGGUUUGAGAUUGUGAUUUUAAAAGUGACUGCUCCCUCUUUUCCUUCCCUCCAGCUCUCCUUGUUUUUACUGUACUGCUCUUUUCUAUACCUGUAUCCAGUCCCUCAUCCUCUCUUCCCCCCCAUCCUUCUGUAAUUGAUCAGAAAGGUGCAGCAAGGAGGGUGCCACGCAUCUGUCCACUGCCCUUUCCUCCCCAGGUUGGUUAAUUAAACCCCAAACUGGUGCUUCUGGAUUC